CGCCAUUCUGCCAUCAGACUUCAAACACUGGUGCAGACCGACGAAGGGGCGACCUGUCGAACGCCAAAGUGCACUGACGUGUGGCUGUGUUCGUUACAUACGGCGCAGUCAAUUACGCGCUCAAGACGCGCUUCGAUACACUGCCUGUGCCAGGGCGUUCAAGACAAAAGCCAGAGUUAAUCAUAUCGCAUCAUGCACUGAAUCUUUCAUUUCCACCUUGAACUUGACCCUUCUAGCCUUGAUUCACUUGCCUUGACAUGCCUCCCGAGACCAUCCAGCCAAUAGUGAAGCGUCUGCCUUCAUGCGACUCUUGUAAGUUCAGGAGGAUACGAUGCUUUCCUGUCCCGCCCCCGGACUCCUGCUCGUGCUGCAAAGCCAAGGGAAUUGUGUGCUCUACUACGCCGGUUGUGAGGAGGAAACCGAAGCAUAGGACAGGCAAACGGAUUGAGAUAGCCAAGCAGAAGUUCGGCACUGUGAAAUAUCCGUCUACGUUUGCCCUACAGGAGGUUGCUUCUACCUCAGAACCAGCCAACAGACGGACCCCGUCUUCCAGUCCUACCCCCCUCAUCGAGGACAUCAUCGAAGGGCCUAUAUACGACUUUGCAUCAACUACCUCUACGAUACCUCAUACAUACACAUCUUCUCGACUCACACAAUUGUCCUCGUCUGGAAAUCCGCCUCCGCUUCCUGUUAACGAGUCCGCAGUGAGGGACAUGCAGAGCUCCAAAGAUCUUGACAUCCCCUUGUACCGCAACUGUUUUCGAAGCCCUUUGCCUCACAUCAGCGCUGAGUCCGGCCUCAUCAAUACCGAGUUCUCCGGUGCACUUUUAGCAGACUUACUAUAUCGUACGUCUUGAAAUCUACUCUUGCAUCAUACGCUAACGUACCCUAUAGUGUACACUCGCAUACCGCGGUCGCGCUUUCUUCCGUGUCUAUCCGUUAUCUCAACCUUUGAGACGGCGGGGCGUCGGCUCGAGACCAUUUCGCCGGUGACGCAAACGCUGGUACUCGCCAUAGCUGCUAUGACCGCCCGCCUCUCGUCCAAUCCAAUCCUGUUUGGUUCAGGGCGGGUGCCGCCGGCCCUUUCAUCCACGUUCUUCAAUCCACAUCGUUUAUCCAUCGAAUUCUCCCCUGAAUGGGGACUCAGACGAGAAGCUGCUUGCGAGAAGCUCCGCGAGAUGGCCAUCGAGAAGGCAUGGUGUGCAAGGGUCAUCAACGACAAUAGUCCACAGUCUUUGGCUGUGUGCUUUAUCCUGCAGUUUCUUGAAGAUCAGCUGGGUAGCGCUGGAGACCGGCGCAUGUGGGCGUCCGCCUUUGUUCAACAGCUGCGAGUUAUGUUCGAACGGAGAGCUGCUAUUGGCUCUAACUCAUCCAUUGAUGGGCCAGCGGGGCCGGCCAUCACCAACAAUCUACGCUUCUCAUCAUAUAGUGCAAUGCCCGCUCCUACUUGGGAGACAUGGAUUCCGUCCUCGGUGCAGAUAACGUCAAUGACACAGCUACAUCUUGCCAACACGUUCGCACCUGCGAGUUGGUCUUUGGACAUCAGCAUGAAUCAGGACCAGCUGGGCUUAGCAUAUGUACGAGAGCCUCACAUUCGUGACAUGGGUUUACGUUGGUGCAUCCAGAUUAUGAGGGAGGCGCUCAUCUCUGCUUGCCGCAGCGAAAUCUGUGUGUAUACGAUUCACGACGAAAUCAUGCUUGUCGGACCUCCGCCGCCUUCACCUGCGGAGGUCAUCUCUGGCGCAUUCGACGACUUGCCGUGGUGGGAUUUCGGCAGUUUCCUGCUCUUCGUUAGGCCAUUUACUUACCGGGCAACCCAAAUUGCUCUCGAGAGUCCACAGUGGCAGACGCGUCGGCUUAACGGACAACCGUUCUCUCUGUCCUGUCUAGAAGAACACCUAUCCUCCUUAUCGUCUCUUCAUACGUUAAUGAAACGCGCUCAAGUGCAAUAUUCAGGACUGUUUAGUCCUGAGGGGUUAACGGCUCGAUACCAAGCUUUGUGCCAUUCUGCGCCCGAUAUGGCUAACGACGAACGCAAUCUACGAUUUUGGACGAUGAACAGGAAUAUUCUAUAUACGUCUCGUGUUUUCCUUGUCUCAAUGAAGAGCGCUCUAGGUGCACUGACAAUUCCAAUAUACUUGGACCUUUUGGCGCGCAUAAGAGAUGAAGAGGCGCAGCGGCAAUUUGGUUCGGGUACACACCAGACCACGAGUCAAAGGCGGGGUGUCGACGACGUGCAGCAGAUAACCCAGCUGCUGAUAAAUCUGAAAAGGGUGUUAUUACCGUAUGCUAGGGAGGUACUGCAUGAUAUUCAGUCAGGAGCCAAUUUAGGGUGGAUUACGCACUUGGGCAACGAGCCUUUGAAACUCUGGUGCAGCAUCAUCCUGGAUUCAACGCCUAUUGAGGACGGUGGCGAUGGCAUCACGCGAGCGCAGAGGGUAGCAAGCCUGGAAACUGCGUUCAGGAUCUUCAAAAUUCUCACUUGGUCUUGGCCACGCGUCUUUGACGAUCCCUUGGUUCUGCAUACCCAACACGUCGUCGAGGAGGGGAUCCGAAACGGCGUAUACUCUUCGUCGUCCAUGGUUGACCAUGUUCCUCGCUCUUCAUUCGGCAUCGACCCUCUCACAUCAGAGAACACAGGUAUCUGGCCUUCCUACCUCGGCCUGGAGGAGGCCUGGAAGGUAAUGGAACCCAUUGCUGCUGUCAGCCUGAAGACCGUCUACACUGCGGAUGCAAUCCCCGCGAUGCCGUGGCCGAAGGUGCAUAGUAUCCCGUCGACGCUCGAUCUGCCGGAUAUACAGCAGAUGAUGCAGGGCUUGAACCUACACGAUGAGCCAGCUGGGGGUUCCGCUCCUCCCUCGCUACCACCAUCAUCAGCACCGACCAGUAAAGUUGCUUUCACGGACCUAUAUAACUUCAACGAGGCUGCAUUUAGAAGCAGCUCUAGAGGCGUUCAAGCGCAGACGCAGACGCAAACGCGACCUCAAGCUGGCGCGCCGCUGCAGAUGCCGGACCUGUCCGAGUUCGACAUGACUUUCUUCGGCGGGGAAGCAGUGCCCACAACUUCUCUUCCAAAACCUUCUUUUGCUGGCAUCCCUUCAGCCCACUCGGACCCAGGAAUCCAUAUGCGGGGCUACUCACAAACAUCACCGACAGGAUGGCUUGAGUGGACGGUGGGCCACUUCUGGUCCUAGGUCGUUGGAAAUACACAGCGAAGAUGUUCAGAGGUUUAUGCCGGGAUUUGAUCGAGUUCUAAUGAGUCUGUACGAGAGCAGGUGGAAUACCAUAGAAUAGCAAUCGCAGCACUUAUGUAUAUUUUAGCUUACUUCAUGGAUUGCUUGAUAACG